GCUCGCGCUCGGGCUCGCGAUGGGGAAGAAGUCCCGGGUGGUACCCGGCCGCAGGCCUAUCCUGCAGCUCUCUCCCCCGGGUCCUCGGAGCAGCACGCCGGGCCGGGAUCCCGAGCCGGAUCCCGACCCCGAGCCGGACUCGACGGCGACAGCGGCGCUCAGUCAGCCAGCCCCGGCGGCGACGGCCACGACAGCGACGUCGCCCUCGGUGGCCGCCGCCGCCGCCGUCCCCGAGGACUCGCCUUCGGAAGAUGAGCAGGAAGUUGUGGUGGAGGUUCCCAAAGUUGUUCAGAAUCCUCCCCCACCAGUUAUGACCACUAGACCGACAGCCGUUAAGGCAACAGGAGGUCUGUGUUUACUUGGUGCUUAUGCUGACAGCGAUGAUGAUGAGAGUGAUGUUUCUGAAAAACCAGCACAAUCCAAAGAGGCUAAUGGAAACCAGUCAACUGACAUCGAUAGUACACUGGCCAAUUUCCUGGCCGAGAUUGAUGCCAUAACAGCUCCUCAGCCUGCAGCUCCUGUGGUUGCUUCUGUUCCACCUCCAACUCCACCUCGACCAGAACCAAAGGAAGCAGCUACAUCAGCCCUUUCUUCUACUACAGCAAAUGGAACAGACUCGAUGCAAGCACCAGGGUGGCAGUAUGACACUCAGUGCUCACUGGCAGGAGUUGGAAUUGAGAUGGGAGAUUGGCAGGAAGUCUGGGAUGAGAACACAGGAUGCUAUUAUUAUUGGAACACACAAACAAAUGAAGUGACUUGGGAAUUACCUCAAUAUCUUGCCACCCAGGUACAAGGAUUACAACAUUAUCAGCCCAGUUCUGCAUCAGGUCCUGAAGCUGGUUUUGUACUAAAUACAGAUGUAUAUCCAAAGGAGAAAAUUCCUGUUUCUAGUACUAAAAGUGGACCAGUCAUAACUAAACGAGAAGUUAAAAAGGAAGUAAAUGAAGGAAUUCAGGCUCUGUCAAACAGCGAGGAAGAGAGGAAAGGGGUGGCAGCGUCACUACUUGCUCCUUUACUGCCAGAGGGAAUAAAAGAGGAAGAAGAGAGGUGGAGAAGAAAAGUAAUUUGUAAAGAAGCAGAGCCAGCAUCAGAGGUGAAAGAAACAAAUACAGCAGCAGAAGAAGUUGUGACAACAGUACAGCCACAGGAAAUGACACUGGACAGUAUUGAAGACCCCUCUCAGGAGGACCUGUGCAGUGUGGUACAAUCAGGAGAAAGUGAAGAGGAGGAAGAACAAGAUACUCUUGAACUGGAGCUGGUUUUAGAAAGGAAAAAAGCAGAGUUGCGAGCUUUGGAAGAAGGAGAUGGUAGUGUGUCAGGGUCUAGUCCCCGUUCUGAUACCAGCCAGCCAGCAUCUCAGGAUGGAAUGCGUAAACUUAUGUCUAAAAAAGGAAAAUGGAAGAUGUUUGUUCGAGCUACCAGUCCAGAAUCCACCAGCCGAAGUUCUAGUAAAACUGGACGAGAGACUCCAGAAAAUGGAGAAACUGCAAUUGGUGCUGAAAAUUCAGAAAAAAUAGAUGAAAGUUCAGACAAAGAAACAGAAGAAGUAGAAGAAUCUUCGGAGAAGAUAAAAGUACAAACGGCACCUAAAGUAGAAGAAGAACAAGACCUGAAAUUUCAGAUUGGAGAGCUGGCAAAUACCCUGACAAGUAAAUUUGAAUUUCUAGGCAUUAAUAGACAAUCCAUCUCCAACUUUCACAUGCUGCUCUUACAGACUGAGACUCGAAUUGCAGACUGGCGGGAAGGGGCUCUUAAUGGAAACUACCUUAAACGCAAACUUCAGGAUGCAGCAGAACAACUCAAACAGUAUGAAAUAAACGCCACUCCUAAAGGCUGGUCCUGCCACUGGGACAGGGAUCAUAGACGAUAUUUCUAUGUAAACGAACAGUCGGGCGAAUCUCAGUGGGAAUUCCCAGAUGGUGAGGAGGAUGAAGAAGAAAGCCAAGCACAAGAAAGUAGAGACGAGACGCUUCCUAAGCUGACUGGGAAAGAAAAAACUGGCACUGAUGCAAAUUCUACAGAAUCCUCUGAGAAUUCCACAGGUUCUCUUUGUAAAGAAUCCUUUUCUGGACAAGUUUCUUCUUCUUCACUCAUGCCACUGACUCCAUUUUGGACACUCCUUCAGUCAAAUGUACCCGUGCUUCAACCUCCAUUACCUUUGGAAGUGCCACCACCCCCACCUCCACCCCCAGAGUCUCCUCCUCCCCCACCUCCUCCCCCACCUCCUCCUCUAGAAGAUGGUGAGAUUCAGGAGGUAGAAAUGGAGGAUGAGGGAAGUGAGGAGCCUCCUGCCCCAGGAACAGAGGAGGAUACUCCUUUGAAACCUUCAGUACAGACCACAGUUGUAAUAAGCCAGAGUUCAGUUGAUUCUACCACCUCCAGUUCUCCUUCCACUAAAGCAGUAAAGAGAAAAGCUACAGAAAUUAGUUCUGCAGUGGUUCAGAGAUCAGCUACCAUUGGUAGUUCUCCAGUUCUUUACAGCCAGUCAACUAUAGCUGCAGGUCAUCAAGCAACAGGGAUUGCACACCAGAGUACAGGAAUCGGACAUCAGGCAAUGUCAGUUGGCCAUCCAGCAGCAGGAAUGGGACAUCAGGCCAGAGGAAUAAGCCUGCAGUCAAAUUACCUCGGACUAGCAACAGCAUCUACAAUUAUGAGUUAUGCUGAAUGUACUGUCCCAAUUGGAGUGACAACUCCAUCAUUGCAGCCAGUUCAGGCCCGAGGUACUAUGCCAGCCACUGCCAUUAUAGAGCCACCACCACCUCCUCCUCCUCCUCCCACACCGCCACCGCCACCACCAGCUCCCAAAAUACCACCACCAGAGAAGACAAAAAAAGGAAAGAAAGAUAAGGCAAAGAAAAGUAAAACCAAAAUGCCAUCUUUGGUAAAGAAGUGGCAGAGUAUCCAGCGUGAACUUGAUGAGGAGGAAAAUUCCAGUUCCAGUGAAGAGGACCGGGAAUCAACUGCACAAAAGCGUAUUGAAGAAUGGAAACAACAGCAGCUGGUCAGUGGCAUGGCAGAGAGAAAUGCUAACUUUGAAGCCCUUCCUGAGGAUUGGCGAGCAAGACUGAAGAGACGGAAAAUGGCUCCAAACACAUAGUUAAUUUUUUGUUGUUGUUAUUUUGUGUUCAGUCUUAAAUAGUUUACCAUUGUCAAAUAAACUGUAAAUGUUUUGGGGAAAAUCAUAUACAUUUCCUGGACAAGAACACGUGCAACGUUGUCCAUGUAUUAAAUGUAACAUUCUGUUUGCUGAAAAUAGGUGAAUGGAAUUGCUUUGAUCUGGCUGUCUUUUCUUACAUUGGCAAACUUAGCAUGUUAGGUAUCAGUCAUUCUUGAAGAACAUGUGACUCAUGAGCAUGGCUCCUGUACAGGACUUACUGGCAAAUAUGGAGGACUUCCCCUGUCCAGUAGAGAGGCUCAUUUAGUUCUUAGUGUGACACACCAUCAUUAACUUCUUCUCCAGAACAAGUGCAAUUACGAAGGCAGCUCUGUGUCCUUCCUUGCUUGACUGUCCUUCAGGAUCUCUUUCUGACCUCCUCCUCUAGUCUGCUGCCUGUGAGGUAGAGAUAUGCAAGUGAUAUGUCUUGUGCUGGUGACCACUCUCUUUAGAGUAGUUCUUAUAAAUCCUAGCACAGUCAUUUCACACACUAGGUGGCAUAUUUAAAAUUUCAAUACAAGAAGGAGUAAUGGCAGCAGGUGUCCUGAUCCUUGGUUUUGAGAAAUUCCCCCUUGUGGCUGUAAGUAUAAUAAGCCUCUCUGUUUAUUGUCUCCAUUGUCUUACUCUAUUCCAAAAUCCACCUUCCUCCCUUGUAUGUGUGAAUGUAUUCUCCAUAAAAUUCCAGUAUUUAAAAAGCAGUUCACCGGUCUGUAAUUUCUAUUGUAUCACAAUCAGGAAAAGUCACUUUAAACUGAAGAAAAAGCAAAUUGUGUUUUAAGGCUAUUUGUAUUUCUUCAGUUUCUGACCUUGUAAAUUUGUACAUAUGCACCAAUAAAGCUCUUUUGUACUUCCUCA